AUGGAUAAGCAAACUUAAAUAAGUUUAGGUACCUACAAGAUUUGCUACGAGGAAUCUAAAAAUUAAAAAGACUACCAAAAAGCAUUGAAAUAUAUAUUAUAGGUGACAGGCCAAAAAGCUGAAUAUGAAAAAUAAUGGCAUUCAGAAAUUAUAGAAUGCCUUCUAGCUUUAAAGUUAUACAAUUAAUGUGUAAAGAAAAUUGAUUCUGCUCUUAAAAGCAUUUCGAAGUAAGAUUAUACUGCUCAGCUUGAAAACUAUGAAGCAUUAGUUGUAUCUUAUUUAGGCUUAUACAACUUGCCUAAAGCUAAUGAGUGUAUCAAGCACAUGGAUUCGUUACUAUCUAAACUUUCUUCAAGCUCUGAAUAGAAAUAAGGGUAAAAAGACUUUUCUCAGAUAAUUUAAGACCUUAAAUUCAAAGUAGAUGGUUUCAACAUAAUUUCAUAAGAUUAAAGAUUAAAAUAAGCAGAAGAAUAUAGAAAAUUAGAAUUAUCUGAUGAGGAUUCUUAGUUCUUCAAAAAGGCUGGAUAGGAAGUUUACUUGAUCCCCACUUAAUGGCUAAAUAAAUGGAAAGAAUUCUCAUCUUACAAAGAAAAAUUUGAAUAAAGCGAUAAUAUGGAGGAUGAGGAAGAUAGUAAAAAAACAAUUGAUUAAAUUUAUCCAGGCCCUAUUGAUGCAUCUAAUUUAGUGGAGACAUAUGUCAAAAAUCAUUUGAUAGACGCAAACCAAGAUUAAUUUUUUGAGAAUUAUGUUUUAAAAAGUGACAAAGCUGAAAAGCAUGACUUUGAAAUAGUUUCAAAGCAAAUAGGUGAUUUUUUAUAUGAAAAAUAUGGAGGAUUUAAAGUUAAGAGAAUGACUAUCCUUAACCCAAUUACAAAUGAAGUAAAUGUAGAGCUUUUCUUUAAGAAGAUAAACUUUAUCCCUAUACCUACUUUAUCUCCUGAUUAAAAAGAAGAUAGUUAUUACACCAUUUACAUCUCUAAAUUUGCAAGCCUUAAGCAAUUAAAUGACAAAAUCAAAAGAUCUUUAGAAUUUUUACCUUAAAAGAAAAACUAAAUUUUGAAUAGAUAAUAUUUCAAGCUCUGGAAAUUAUCUACUGAUCUCAUGAAAAAUUAUCAAAAUGUUUACAAAACUAUGGCCUAAAAAUAUAGAGAACCUACAAUUUAAUUAGAUGUCAAAGAUAUUGUUAUAGGUGAAGAUGAAUGUAUUGAUGAUAUGUAACUAACUGAUAGUGAGAUAAUCCUUUAUGAAUUAUCAGAAACAAAUAAUUUUAAGAUUGUUCCAUGUCCUUAGAGAAAGUAGUCAAGCAAAAAAGAAUCAGAAAAUAAAGAAGAUUAUUAGUAGCAGUCUAUAAAUUAGAACAGUUAGAGCACUGAAAUAAUAGAUGAAAGUGAUGAAAUAGAAGGUUUUCCUACAGGAAAAAUAAAAAUUAGAAGAAUAGAUGAAAGUCAUGUUAGAAACAUGAUGCAAAAAUAUAGAAUUUAAAAUGGACAAAAGGGUUUUUCAGGAAAAAAAGGUUUGUGUGGAUUAUAGAAUUUAGGUAAUACAUGCUUUAUGAACUCUGCACUAUAAUGUUUGAGCAAUGUUGAGGAAUUAACAACUUUCAUGGUUAAUAAUGAAUACGUUAAUGACCUUAAUCCUGACAAUCCUUUAGGAGCAAAUGGUCAUUUAGCUGUUUCAUAUGCUGAUUUGGUCAGAGAUAUAUGGUAGGGAGGUGAUUCUUCAGUCUCUCCUCAUUAUCUCAAGAAGGUUAUCGGUAAAUUUGCCCCAUAAUUUUAUGGCUAUAGCUAACAAGAUUCUUAAGAAUUAUUAAGUUAUCUUCUUGAUGGUUUACAUGAAGAUUUAAAUAGGAUAAAGAAGAAACCAGUCGUUGAGGCUAUUGAUUAUAGCGGAGGCAAGGAUUAAGAAAUGUCUCUUGAAUUCUUUAAAAACUAUAAAAAGAGAAAUGACUCUGUGAUCAGCGACCUCAUGGUUGGCUAAUUCAAGAGUACUUUAGUUUGUCCAGAUAAAAACUGUGGAAAAAUAUCUAUCACCUUUGACCCAUUCCUAACUCUUUCAGUACCCAUUCCAAGAGUAACUAAAGAAGAUGUUUCCUUCUAUAUUAUUUUCAAAGAUCCUAGAAAGACCCCUUACAAAAUUGAAACCUAAAUUCGUUCUGAUUCAAGUCUUGGAGAACUUAAAAAACAAAUUAGUGACAAUUUAAAUAUUCCAUGCUAAUCCUUAAUUUUUGCUAAUAAUGCAUAAUCUAAAAUUGAAGAAUUCUUGAAAGAUGAUGAAAGAGGUGUCCAUAUUAAAGAAAUUUCAGGUAUUUGCUUCGUGUAUGAAGUAGAAAAAGUGGGUACCAGCAUUAAAGAUAUUAAUCAAAAAAGCUAAUAAGAUAUGGAAGAAGAGGAAUAAGAGUAAGACAAAGAAGAAUCUCCAUAAAAUAAAAAAACUUCUCCAAUUACUUAAAACGAUGGAGAUUAAAUCGAUGUAGAAGAAGAAGAAGAGCAAAAAGUUUAAAACUCAAAGAAAUCUGUCUCACAUGAUUUUGUGUAUACCGAAAUCGAGUUUUGCCAAAUAAUGGAAUCAGAUGUUAAGCUAAACUCAAAUGUAUCAAAUACUGAUAUCCACAAUGUUUCAUAUUCUCGUUUAGUUAGCUUAAAAUAUAAUUCUAAAGUAUAAGAUUUAUAUUUGUAAAUUUAUAGAAUUGUGAGAGUAUAUCUUCACACUUACCAAUAAGCUAAUGGUUAGCCAGAAGUUAAAAUAGAUAUUGAUAUUGCUAAUGAUAGUAGAGAAAACUUGCUAAAAGAGUUAUCAGACUUAGAAAAUAAUCCAUAAUAAAAAUGCCUAUUCAGAAUUUUUAAUAAAGAUAUGACUCCUAUUGACUACAAGAGCUAAGAACCUUUAAUUUCUUUAAGAGUCAAGACUUAAAAUAGACUAAAAGUUAAAAUGGUCUUAGAUCAUAAAAUUGAAGUUAAAUUAAUGAGAACAAAGAGAUGUGAAUCAUAUAAUUUUGAAAGUUAAAAGACAUCUAAAGAGGUUUCUUCAGGCUCAGCUGAUCUUUAUGAUUGCAUCGAUGCCUUUGUAAAGAAAGAGUAGCUAGAAAAAGGUAAUGAGUGGUAUUGCAGCAAGUGUAAAAGACAUGUCCUUGCCACUAAACAAAUGGAAAUUUAUAAUACUCCUAAAAUUCUUAUUAUCCAUCUUAAAAGAUUUAAGUCAGGUAAUGUACGCAAUUUUGGUAGAUAUUACUUUGAAUCAGGAGGUAAAAAAAUUAAUGAUCUCAUAGAUUUCCCUAUUGAGAACUUAGAUAUGACAAAAUAUGUUUUAGGCUCAAAUGGUAAGCCUCAAAUUUACGACUUGUUUGCAGUUAGCCAACAUUAUGGUGGUAUGGGAGGAGGUCACUAUACUGCAUGUGCUCAAAACUUCCUUAAUAAGCGUUGGUAUAAUUUCAAUGAUUCUCAUGUUAGCUAAAGCAGUGCUGAAUAGGCUGUUUGUAGUGCUGCAUAUGUACUUUUCUACAGAAGAAGAGAUUGA